UUAACAGCAUAAACUGAUAGCGAAGCAACAACAACAGCAGCACCCCCUCCGUAAAUAUAUAACACAUAACACUGUGUUUUGGGGUAGUUUAGCGAAAAUGGGUGACAAACAGUGUUGUUUCUGAUUUAUUUAUUUUAUUUAUUUCUGAUUUAUCUAGUUAGCUUUUUUGUAGUAGCCACUUCCGCUUAUCAAUUUUGGCAACUUCCGAGGCGACAGCAGCAGACAACUAGUUGGUGGCAACUUUGUUUUAGCUUUUCAGUUGUGAGUGUGGACAUGGACCGAAUGAAUGUGCCGCCCGCGGGCCCCAUGGAGCUGCCCCUGUCCCUGCUGGAGAUGGGAUGCUCUGGCAGGUUUGAGGUCAUCACACAUCCCCUGCCUGGUCAGCCUUUACCUCCACAGAGCACGCUCCCACACGGUCUACCUCCCACCAGCCUGAGCCUGGAGAAAGAAGUAGAGAAACAGUUUUUACAGGACCCGGCCUGGCUUCCUAUACAUGACACUGACUUUGCCUUCCAGAAGUUUCUCAAGGUGACUCAGAGAGAAGUUAACGUCGACUCUUUACUCAAAUGCACUCCGUCUACUCUUCACUCCGGUCUCUCUGUCAUCAGAGAUCCAACCACAGGCAUGCUGCUGGACUUCACAGAGGUGUUACUGGAGAACACCGGCAUGUCAGCAAAGAACUCGCUUUCAUUUCAACGACAACCUGGACCUCCGUCAGAGAGCCUCAGAGGAAGCAACACUAACUACCCUUUCCUCCCCGGAGGAAUGGAGGAGCUUAGUCUGGACCAAAUCAAGAAGAAAUCCAAGCUGGAGGAAGACAUCGACUUUGAGAAAGAUUUACUUCAAGUCCCUCCUGGGUUUAAAGCUGGGAUGGACUUCACUGACAAAAAUGCCAAGCUAGCAAAAGCAGAGGUCAAUCUCAUGUCCCUCCUGUCCACAUUUGAUGACAUCACUGAUCUACAGCCUGAGGAUGAGGAGAAAGAGGAAGUCAAAGGGAGGGAAGACGCUCCCAAACUACCAAGAACAAACAGCCUCGAAGAGCUGGGCAUCAAGGACGCCGUGUCAUCCUCGUCUCCCUCAGAGAAAGGAAAAGAUGAGAAAUCAAAGCCAAAAGAAAACUCGGAGGAAAAUAAAAAGUGGGCGAUCCCUGUCAACAUUUCUUCCCCCUGUGAUGAUUUCUAUAAACGCAUCCCCAACCCAGCUUUCAAGUGGCCGUUUGAGUUGGACACGUUCCAGAAGCAGGCUGUGCUCAGGCUGGAGAACCACGACUCCGUGUUUGUGGCCGCGCACACGUCAGCUGGCAAAACAGUGGUGGCCGAGUACGCCAUCGCGCUCUCCCAGAAACACAUGACGAGGACCAUCUACACCUCUCCCAUUAAAGCCCUGUCCAAUCAGAAGUUCAGAGACUUUAAAAACACCUUCAGCGAUGUGGGACUGUUAACUGGAGAUGUCCAGCUCAGCCCUGAAUCUUCAUGUCUCAUCAUGACCACUGAGAUCCUCAGGUCUAUGCUUUACAACGGUUCAGAGGUCAUCAGAGACUUGGAGUGGGUGAUCUUUGACGAGGUUCAUUACAUCAACGAUGCCGAGAGAGGCGUCGUGUGGGAGGAGGUUUUGAUUAUGCUUCCCGAUCACGUCAGUAUCAUCCUCCUGAGCGCCACAGUGCCAAACGCUCUGGAGUUCAGUGAAUGGAUCGGUCGGAUAAAGAAGAAGCAUAUUUACGUGCUCAGCACGAUGAAGAGACCCGUGCCUUUGGAGCAUUAUCUGUACACUGGAAACAGCACCAAGACUCAGAAAGAGAUGUUCCUGCUGGUGCAUGCUAUGGGCAACUUCCUCACUAAAGGGUACUAUGCAGCUGUCGAUGCAAAGAAGGACCGCACCAGCAAACAUGCCCAAUCAUUUGGAACAAAAAACACGUCUCACAACACCACAGCGAGUCAGGACCGAUCGGUGUGGCUCACUCUCCUGCACUUCCUGUCCCAGAGGCAGCAGACGCCCGUCGUCGCCUUCACCUUCUCUCGGACGCGCUGCGAUGACAACGCCCGCUCGCUCGACUCCAUGGACAUGACCACCUCGGUGGAGAAGGCGGAGAUCCACUCCUUCUUCCAGAAGAGCAUGAGUCGCCUCAGGGGAGGGGACAGACAGCUGCCUCAGAUCUUGGUCAUGAGGGAUCUGCUGAAGAGGGGGAUAGCGGUCCAUCACAGCGGGAUCCUGCCCAUACUGAAGGAGGUCAUCGAGAUGCUCUUCUCUCGGGGUCUCGUGAAGGUGCUCUUUGCGACUGAGACGUUUGCGAUGGGCGUGAACAUGCCUGCUCGUACGGUGGUGUUCGACAGCAUCAGGAAACACGACGGGACGGGCUUCAGGAAUCUGCUGCCAGGUGAGUACAUUCAGAUGGCGGGCAGAGCGGGCAGGAGAGGCCUGGACGCCACGGGCACCGUCAUCAUUCUCUGUAAGGCCGGAGUCCAUGACAUGGCAGAUCUGCACGUCAUGAUGCUGGGGAAACCCUCCGUCCUCCAGUCUCAGUUCAGACUCACCUACACGAUGAUCCUGAACCUGCUGCGAGUGGAAGCCCUGCGUGUGACUGACAUGAUGAGGAGGAGCUUCUCAGAGAACCACAGGGACACUCAGGCUCACGAGAAGACGAUCAGCCAGCUGAAGCAGUCGUUGUCCUCUCUGCCUCCUCUGGACACAGACGGCCAGCUGACCGACCUGCUGCCUUAUUACCACACUGUGACGGAGCUACGGACCACCACUGAAGCCCUGCAGCGUGCGAUUCUGGAGUCUGUGAACGGGCUCAAAGCUCUGUCUGUAGGUCGAGUGGUUGUGGUGAACAACAAACAGCAUCUCAACGCUCUGGGAGUUCUACUGCAGGUUUCAAACGACGCCGUGAAUCGCACCUUCACAGCGCUCAUCGUCUGCGAGAAAGGCAACGAGGAGGGCGAAGGGAAAUGCAACAAUUCCUUUCCUCACCUGGUCAACACAGCUCUCUUUAUUCCUGAAGGUCCUUGCAGCCACACGGUGCAGAAACUGAAGCUUCAGGACGUCUCAGCCAUCACAGUGAAAACCCUCAAAGUGAUUCCAGACAGGAUCAUAGAUAACUACAACAAGAGGCAGCAGCCACGAUUCAGACUCGACCCUCCCGGCCAGGCCAUCUCCACGGCAACCCAGGAGCUCCUGCGAUUGGCCGAGGCCAACCCCAGCGGCAUAGCGAGCCUGGACCCCGUGAACGACCUCCAGCUGAAGAGCAUGGACGUGGUGGAGGGCUCCAUGAGGCGCCGAGUGCUGGAGGGGAGCCUCAAAGAGUUCAGCUGCAUCCACUCGCCCACUUUCGCAGAGCAGUUUGCUCGGGUUCAGGACAGGAUGGGUGUGCAGGAGGAGCUGGACAGGCUGCUCUUCCUGGUGUCCGAUCAGUCUCUGUCCCUGCUGCCUGAAUACCACCAGAGGAUCAAGGUCCUGGAGUCCCUCCAGUAUGUGGACAGCGGCGGCGCGGUGCAGCUGAAAGGCCGUGUCGCUUGUCAGAUCAGCAGCCACGAGCUGCUGCUGACCGAGCUGCUGUUCGAGAACGUCCUGAGCCCUCUCGCUCCGGAGGAGAGCGCCGCCCUGCUGUCCUGCCUGGUGUUCACACAGAACACGCAGGUGGAGCCGCACAUCACCAACACACUACAAGAGGGCAUCGAUCGGGUGCUGUCUGUGGCCAAGCGUAUCGGAGAGCUGCAGAGGGAAUGUGAGAUACCUCAGACGGCCGAGGAGUUUGUCGGCCAGUUUAAGUUUGGCCUGACAGAGGUUGUGUACUGCUGGGCCAGAGGCAUGCCAUUCGCAGAGAUCGCCAUGCUGACAGACGUCCAGGAGGGCACGGUGGUCCGCUGCAUCCAGCGCCUGGAUGAGGUGCUGAAGGAGGUGCGUCAGGCCGCCCGCAUCGUAGGGGACUCUGUCCUGGGGAGCAAAAUGGAGAAGGCCUCCCUGGCCAUCCGCAGGGACAUCGUCUUCACAGCCUCCCUCUACACCCACUGAGAGAGACUGGGAGAGAAAGUGUUUCUCUUAGUGAGAAAGACGUGAGAAAAGAUGGGGGAGGUAAAGAGAUUGUGUAAAUGAACACGUAAGUGCUGUAUGUGCCUAUAAAACAUGUUGAUGUUUACAUGAAGAUCACUGGAAAUGAAGAAAGGGAAUGAUUUUAAUCCACAGACCAAAGUACAGACAACAUGAAAUCUGCAUUGUAAUUUAUUGUACAGUAAUAAAAUCUGUAUUAAACAAAAACAUAC